CUUUGUUACAAAGAAUAGUGGUGGGUGAAAAAGAAGCUAAUGAUAAUCGUAAAAGAGUUUAAAACUAUACGUUUUUCAUCCGUGAAUUAAGUUUGCCGGAUCUCCGAAUAUACUUUUGUCUGUUGCAGCGUAUAUUUCAUUUAUGGCGUCAAUGCUUCUACUUUUUGAAUGUAUACCGUAUGCAGGAAAUUAUUAGUGUGCCCGAGAAAGGAAAAAAAAAAAAGGAAGGAAAUUAAGAAAAACGAAAAAUAUCUUGCAGGCGGCAGAUUUGUUCCACCUUCCUUAGCGUUUCAAUUUACACUAGUAGGUACUCCGCAGUACCUGAAGGCCAUCCACGCACGCUUCUAAAACCGAUGGAAAAUAUGUUAUUUAUUAAGUAGUGUUAAAACGCGCUGAACUUUUGGUUAAUGCCACCGCGGGCUCAAAAGACUCGAGUGUUGGCGAAGUUGAGCUGCUCGCCGAGACCGAUGUUAUGAAGUGUCGCCCACGGCCCACUGCUCGUUUAGUGAGUCCUUUAAGGUGGCUGUGUUUGCUAUUCCUGGAGCUGCAUCGACGUUGGAAACUGGUUCGUAAAGUUUGAGUUCGCGAAUGGCUUGGUGAAUGUUUCUGUACUGGAGUCCUUCAUUGUGUUAGAAAAGAGCCUUCGUGCCAUUGCCCAGGUAAGCACUUACAGUUUGUAGCUUAAACGAUAAAAGGUUUUUUUUUAUGGAUAUCCUCUAUCAUGGCUCAUCUUUUUGUUCUAAAGAAAAUGCAAUUAAUAGAUCGACCGUACUUCGCUUGUCCUCGGAAAGUGCUCGUAAAGUCACCUGACAAAUUGGGUAGGAAUGUUUGCGUUCGCCGUUUUAUAAAUUAUAUGGAGGGCUACUACGCAAUGGACGCGUUAAUGAGUGGAGAUGCUUGUAAUCAGUCCCGGGUAUAUUCAGGGACAACAAAAUCUGUAAAACCGACGUCUAGCCAGUACCGGGCGUUUAUACAAUACGUCGAUCUCCCCGCUCGCUGGAGUUACGCCAUAACUAUGGAAAGCGAGCAAGCCAAAUACAAACAAAUCAAAGCCAAAUAUGAGCAAAUCAAAGCAGAGUACACACAAAUCAUAGCCGAAUACGAGCAAAUCAAAGCCGAAUACGAGCAAAUCAAAGCCAAAUACGAGCAAAUCAAAGCCAAAUACGAGCAAAUCAAAGCCAAAUAUGAGCAGGUAAAUGCCAAAUUUGAUCAAUUCUCCAGAUCUGCCAACCAGACAUGCGAGUGCAACACCUCAGCGGUAACUGAUCAUCAUACCAAGGAGAAAACCAAAUUUAACGACCAGGAACCUCUGGUGAAAGUGCCAACUGAUAAUUCACUUGAAUAUCGUGUUUCACUAAGUCAUGAAUUUAUCAAGAGCAGAAUGUCAAGGACCACGGUUGACGUUUGUACAAGUUCAUGGAGGUUGCAUUGUAGAAGGAAACGUGAAAGAGAACCUUCCAGAAUUCCAUAUAGGAGAAUCAUCAAACUGCUCAAAAAAACAAAAGUUUUUCGAAAUGCAGUGAAGUCAUACCUUAAAAGAAGCAUUCCAAGUUCAUCUAAACUAAAACUUUUUCUGUCUGCACGUAAUUGUUGUUAUUUCAGUGAACGGUUAGUCAGAUCUAAAUUUUUAUUACCAUCAAAAAAGUUCUCCCUCAGCCAAAAUGUUUACCUAUGUGUUGUGCGACUGAGAACAUUAAAGCACAAGAAGUCGCCCUUAUUUUGUAUGUGUGUUGACGGGAGAACAUUAAAGAAAUUAAAAUGCUGUCGGGUCAAAACUUAUUGUGUAUCUCACAGAGUCAUCUCUCUAAGUGGUGAUGUUGAAGAGAAUCCAGGGCCAUCAAAUCAAUGCAGUGCGACCACUACUUGUAAUUUAGUGGCACAUCGCUCCUCAAUUACCAAUUCAGUUUCAUUAUUGGAAACUAGGUUGUCUGAAUUAAAUAGAACGGCAGUUGAUGUUGGAGGAGGUGGUGAUUGCUUCUUUCGAGCUGUUUCACAUCAACUUUAUGGCAAUCCUAAUAACCAUUCUCAUAUACGUAGCCUUGGUGUCCAGUAUUUACUGCAGAACCCUGAACAGUUCAUAGAGAGUAACACUGAUCAUUCUUGGCAAGACUAUUUGAACAAUAUGUCAUGUCAGGGAACAUGGGCUGAUGCAAUUAUAAUUCAAGCAGUGGCCAAUUGUCUAAAUUUGUCAAUUCAUAUUGCCGAAUCAUUUGAAACUUUUGCUCCUGUUACCGUUGUUCAAGCAGUGAAUGUGACAGGAGAACGCACAAACAUUUACAUCGGACACAUAAGUGAAACUCAUUACGUUUCUACAGUAGAAAAGAGAAAUUGUGGGGUACCAAACAACAAAACACGUGAUCAAAGUGUAGAUGAAAGAAAAACAAUUGAUAAAAAGGAAAAACGCAGAGCUGAUCGAGGUUACAUGAAAGAAUACAUGAAAAAGAGAAGAGCUAAUGCAGAUUUUAGAAAAAGAGAGAAUCAAAAUUCUGUGCAAAGGUACAACAAUAUUGAAACAAUUAGGGAAAAAAAGAACCAAACUGUCACAAAAAGAAAAAUGACCAACCCAGAACACAUAAGAGAAAUUGACAAAAAGUCUAAAAGGAAACGGAAAGCUGAGAACCCAGAUCACAUAAAGGAAAUUGCAAAAAAGUCAUCUAGAAGACAAAAGGUUAAGAAUCCAGAACAGGUCAGAGAAAUUGACAAAAAGUCCUUCAGAAAACGUAAAGAAAAGAACCCAGAACAGAGAAGAGAAAUUGAUAAACAGAGUUUUAAGAAACGGAAAGCAAAGAAUCCAGAGCAUAGAAAAGAAGUUGAUAAACAGAGUUUUAAGAAACGGAAAGCCAAAAAUCCAGAACAUAGAAAAGAAAUUGAUAAACAGAGUUUUAGGAAACGGAAAGCAGAUAACCCAGUACACAUUGAGCAAGUAAACAGAAAUGCUAAAGUUAGGAGAACCACUAAAUUCAAACUAUUAAAGUAUUCAAAUAUGACUAUACCAGCCAAUGAUAAUCAACUUGAAAAUGCUCAAAAGUCAUCACACUUAUCAACCAAUAAUGAUCAGUUGUUACAAACAGAGAAAAAUGAAAGCAGUGUUAUUUCUUUGAUAAAUUUGUUUCACAAAAACAUUAAAUGUGGCCCAGAAUACAUAUGUACCUGUUGUGACCAGUUAUGGUACAAGUCUUCAGCAUUGAAAUGUAAUGUUAACAGGUAUAAGGCAUGUUCACAAGAUCUUGUUGAGUCUUGUGUCACUGGGGUGAGAAGUGUAGAAAAUACUGAAUGGAUUUGCAGAACUUGUGACUCAAAUCUAAAGAAAGGCAACCUUCCCAGCCUCUCUAAAGCCAAUAAAAUGAGUUUUCCUAAAAAACCUGACUUGUUAAAUUUAACACCAUUGGAAGAACGGCUUAUAUCACCUCGUAUUCCGUUUAUGCAAAUUCGUGAGCUACCAAGAGGUGGCCAGUUGUCAAUUCAUGGAAACAUUGUCAAUGUACCAACUGAUGUAAAUUCAACUGUUCACUGUCUACCAAGGACCAUCAAUGAAUCACAAACCAUUCCAAUAAAACUUAAAAGGCGUCUGAGCUAUAAGCAUCAUUACCAGUUUCAGAAUAUUAGACCUAAGAAAGUAUUAGAUGCAGCAAAAUAUCUUGUAGACACAAGUGAUUUAUUCAAGAGAGAAGGCAUAGAGGUACAAAAUGCUUGGUUAGAUAACUUAAGUUUGCAAUCUAGUGCCUAUGAAGACUGGAGUGAAUUUGUUGAAAACUCUGACACUCCAAGUAAUAAUGAUUUACAUACACAAACAGAUGAAAUUGUUCCAGAGGAUAAAACACAAGAUUUUCAAAAGAGUAUUUCCAAUGCAGAUGAUGAAAAUCCAGGCUGUGAAAAAGAAGAUAGUGAUGACUGGUGUGAAGUUGAUGAACGCCCAUCAGGGGUUACAGAUACACUAUUACAGGAACCAAAUGUAGUAGAAAAUGUAGACAGAAUAAUUUCUUUUGCCCCAGGGGAAGGGAAUAGACCAUUAGGAAUAUUUAUGGACAAAGAUUCUGAAUAUUUAUCAUUUCCCACAAUAUUCUGUGGAAAACGGAGACCUGCUAACAAUGAAAGAAAGGUUCCUGUAUCAUACAGUACAAUUUGCAAGUGGGAGCUAAGAUGCCAGGAUAGAAGAGCUGCAAUGUCUGUACCAAACAUUUUCUAUAAGUUAAAAAAACUGCAAAUCAAACAAAUUCAAGAUACUGCUUGUAUUUCUCUCAGAAAAUGUAAGACAAAAGGGAAGAAGUACACUGCUGGUGAAUUGAAGUCAGAGGAUUAUCUCAAUAAGCUGGUACAUCUCGAUGAAGGUUUCAGAGUUCUAAAAAAUCUUAGAGGGUCACCACCUUAUUAUGAAAAAUGUAAAAAAGACUUGUUUGCUAUGAUUCGUCAACUAGGCAACCCAACAUGGUUUUGCUCUUUUUCAGCUGCUGAAACAAGGUGGUCUCAUCUUCUCAAAACUUUAGGUAGAAUUGUUGAGAAAAAAGAGUAUACUGAUGGUGAAAUCCAACAAAUGACAUGGGAACAAAAAUCAGAUCUUAUUCAAAAAGAUCCUGUCACUUGUGCAAGGAACUUUGACCACAUGGUACACUUGUUUAUUUCCGAUGUUUUAAAGAGCAAUGUAAUGCCAAUAGGAGAAAUAGCUGAUUAUUUUUACAGAGUUGAAUUUCAACAAAGAGGAAGCCCACAUAUUCAUGGUUUAUUUUGGGUGAAGGAAGCCCCACAAUAUGAAAAAAGUUCUGAUGAAGAAAUCGUGAACUUUGUUGACAAGUACAUCACUUGCUGUAAACCAGAUAGUCCAAGUGAAAUGGAAGAUCUUGUAAACUUGCAAUUGCACAGGCAUGCCAAAACAUGUAAGAAGGGGGCGCAUAAGAUAUGCAGGUUUAACUUUCCAUUACCACCAAUGCCAAGGACAAUGAUUUUAACACCUCUUGAGAAUUCCUGCUACGAUGAAGAGAACCAGAAAGAUAUAAAAGAAAAUGCUGAAAGAAUAAAAGAAGUUCUUGACAACAUGAAAUAUGGUGAAGAUAUAACAUUUGAAGGUUUUCUUAACAACUUACAAUUAACUGAAGAAAGUUACAUCUUAGCUAUAAGACACACCCUAAAGAGGGCAACGUUAUGUUUGAAAAGGGCACCAUCUGAAAUAAGGAUAAACAAUUAUAACAAUGUUUUACUCAAAGCCUGGCAAGCAAACAUGGACAUUCAAUAUGUACUAGAUCCCUAUGCAUGUGCCACAUACAUACUCUCUUACAUUACAAAAGGACAGAGAGGUAUGAGCAGGCUUCUAGAAAAGGCAUCUGAAGAAGCCCAAUCUGGUAAUAAAGAUGUUACAAAUAGAGUGAGGCACAUUGGAAACAAAUUUUUAAAUGCAGUUGAAAUCAGUGCCCAAGAAGCUGUUUAUCUUGUUUUACAAAUGCCCAUGAGAAGAUCUUCCCGUGAUUUUCAGUUUAUUAGCUCAUCACCUCCAGAUGACAGGACAUUUUUGUUAAAGAAACUGGAUAAGCUCAAGGAAUUGCCUGACAGUUCACCUGACAUAGAAUCUGACAACAUAAUUAAGCGUUAUCAAAGGAGACCAAAACAGUUAGAAAAGUUGUGUUUAGCUAACUUUGUUGCAUGGUAUAACUAUGUUAAAGAUGAACAUGCUGAUUGGAGUGGAAAUGGGUCAUCAGUCACAGGUCUUGAUGACUUCUUACCAGAAACAAGCUUUGAUGACAAUACUGAUGAUGACCCUAUUAGUAUUAAUGUCACUGAGUGUCAAUUUGAGCCACAUGAAUACAAACUUAAAGGAGGAAUGAAACUGGUUAAACGAAAGAAACCUAAAAUCAUACGAUCUGUUAGGUACAAUAAAGAUAAGGAUCCAGAAAACCAUUUUCGAGAACAGCUUAUGCUUUAUACACCAUGGCGAAAUGAAACUACUGAUUUAAUGAAAGAAUGUCAAACUUACCAAGAACGAUUUGAACAGGUUAAGGAUAAAGUUAUCAGCAAUAGGCGUCAACAUGAAUACCAUUCAGAAAUACUAGAUAAAGCAAUGGAAGAUAUGAAUAAUGCUGAAUAUGACAACUUUGACACUGUUGCUCCAAAUGCAGAGCAUAUCAGUAAGCAGGACUGUGCUGUCAAGGAGAAGCCUAGUGAAUUAUUUGCUUGCUUUGAUCCUAGAAAAAACAAGGACCAUGAACAGUAUGAUUUGCUAGAUGAUAUCGGAAUCUUCCCUAGAAGUAAUGAUGAGGAGGAACUCGUUAUAAAGCGGAUGUCUGAUGAUAAUUAUUUUGCACUUGUCCGCUCUUUGAAUGAAAAACAGAGACAAUUUUUUUAUCAUGUGUUACAUUCAAUAAAAACUAGGGAUGACCCUCUUAGAUUGUUCUUAAGUGGAGGUGCUGGAGUUGGCAAAAGUACAGUCACCAAUGCAUUAUAUGAAGCAUUAAUAAGAUAUCUGAAUAGUAUUGCAGGGGAAAAUCCAGAUGAUGUGAAAGUUGUAAAAGCAGCUCCUACUGGUAAAGCAGCUUUUAAUAUUAAAGGCAAUACAUUACAUUCUGCUUUUAAGAUACCUGCCAAUAGAGGUUUUGAGUAUUGUGCACUGGACAGCGACAGACUAAAUACCAUUAGGGCGCAACUCAAGAAACUUAAGACAAUUUUUAUUGAUGAGAUAUCCAUGGUAGGAAGUGGCAUGUUUAACUUCUUGAAUGCAAGACUGCAACAAAUAAUGGGGACAAAAGAACUAUUUGGUGGAAUUAGUUUAAUAACUGUUGGUGAUCUUUUCCAGUUAAAACCAGUUUUUGAUAAGUGGAUCUUUGAAAAUUCUGCAAUAGGCUACAGUGCUUUAGCAAGUAACAUUUGGACAGAGAAUUUCACCCUGUUUGAAUUGACAGAAAUAAUGAGACAAAAGGAUGACAGAGAAUUCGCUGAGCUACUCAAUCGCUUGAGAGAGGGAAAACAUUCUGAAGAUGAUGUAGCCAUUUUAAAACAGAGACUUCUGAAAGUCACACCUCAAGAAGAUAAUUAUCCUAUGAACAUGACACAUUUAUUUACUACAAAUGCAUCAGUAGAUGCUCACAACAAUGCCCUAUAUACUAUCUCUAAAACUGAUAAAGCGCAGGUAAAGGCUGUGGACAUCGUAGUUGGGGAUAUUGCCGAUGAUCUGAAACAACAAAUGAAAAACAAAAUCCCAGAGGAUCCUACAAAGACAAUGGGUUUAUAUUCACUUGUGUCUCUGGCAACUAUGGCAAAAUAUGACUUGACAACUAAUAUUGAUGUGACUGAUGGACUAACUAAUGGUGCAGAGUGUAUGAUAGAGAACAUAGACUACAGAGUAGAAAAUUCCAUCAGACCAAGUAUUAUUUGGGUAUCAUUUCCACAUCCUGAAAUAGGCAAAAAGCAGCGCAGAGAAUAUGUACAUUUGUACAAGAGAAGCUUAAAUAAAAAGUGGACACCAGUUUUAGAAGUAACAAGACAAUUCCGGAUUAAUAAAAAAAGUCAAGUGCAAGUUCUUCGACGGCAAUUUCCUCUUAGACCUGCUGCUGCAAAGACUAUUCACCGUUGUCAAGGUGACUCAUUAGAUGAAGCAGUUGUUGAUUUUCCAGCAUCCACAAGGGAGCAUAUGCAUUAUGUUGGUUUAAGCCGAGUAAGAAACAGUUCUGCACUACAUGUUCUCAAUUUGAAUGAAAACAAAAUCAAGGUUAGUGAGAAAGUUAAAGAUGAAAUGAGGAGAAUGAGAACAAAAGCAAGUCUUCUGCCAUUAGCAGUAUUACAGACUGCAGAUUCACCCAAAACAAAAACAAUCAUAUUUCAAAAUGUCAGGUCUCUCCACCUCCACAUACAUGAUGUCCGAAGUGAUUACAAUAUUCAAAAGGCUGAUGUCAACAUUUUCGUUGAAACAAAACUUUGCUUGUUAGAUAGAGAUGAUGUGUAUCAGCUCAGGGGAUUUACACUUUACAGAAAUGACUUCAAUCUCUCCAAUAUCAGAACUUGUUAUGGAACAGCUGUGUACGUUAAGAAUGAUUUGAACUGCACUCACUUACCAUGCAGAUUCAACACUAAUAAUGUUGAAAUUACCAUUAUGGUUCUAAGCCAACCAAUUCCAAAUAUUCAUGUUAUUGGUGUCUACCGCUCUAAAACUAAGGUACCAAUUUCACAGUUUCUCGAUGCUCUUACUCAUCUGCAUAACUCAGUGUUAACAGACCCUACAAUUCCCACUAUACUGCUUGGAGAUUUCAAUGUUAAUCUAAUGGAGGUAUCUGCAGAACAAAAGGCUCUCAAAAAGUCUCUGAUAACAGACAGGGGAUACACACAGUUGAUUGACCAGUACACUACUGACUACCGUACACAUUUAGAUCACAUUUAUACAAAUGUACCACAGCUUAUUCAAUCUGCAGGUACCUUAGAGUCAUACUACAGUGAUCAUAAGCCUAUCUUUAUUUCUUUAGCAACUGUUCACAAGUGAGUUAAAAGAGAAACAUCAUUGAAAGUAUGUCCUGAAAAAUGCAUUUGACCAAUUUUUUUUACAGUUUGUCAUUCAUAAUGAUCAGUCGUAGUCAUAGCCACCAUUGUUUGUUUUUGGCUUUUUAUCACAUCUUUGAUGUUUUCUACCUGUGUAAUAAGAACAAUAAAAUAUUGUUUUUAUUAAGUAUGGUUUUCUUCAAUUUGGAACCAACAUUCUAUAUCAGAAAAUGACUUCAAAUAUCAUUAUACAUGUACAUGAGCCGC